AUGUUCAUCAAAGCGUUCCUCAUCUGCGCCGUUGCCGCUGUGGCCAUGGGCAUCGAAUACCCAGCCGGAAUCGACCCCCUGCUCUGUCCAGACUACCCUUACUGCAACAUGGAACUGAUGGCCCGCUACAAGACUCUGCCCUACCCCUACUACCCUGGGUACCAGAUCCCGUAUGCCCGGAUGGCGUACCCUGGCCCGUAUCCUGCCCCGUACCCCAUUGUUGCCCCUGUUCCUAUUCCUGUUGCUGAACCUGUUCCUGUCCCUGAACCAGUUGCUGAACCAGUUCCUGAGCCUGUACCUGAACCUGAACCAGUUGCUGCUCCUAUCACUGAGGAUUAA